UAACGAGAGAUUAUCAAAGUUAAAAAAAUAUUAUUAUAUAUACGAUUAAGAUAUGGCAGCUACGCCGCCACAUGUUGUCUUACACGAAGAUGCAGAUGUUAUAGAAAAAGAUUCAUUAUUUUCUUCGGAGGAACCAGAAGAGGUCGUAGUAGAAGAAGUACAAGAAGAAACCUCCCUAGACCGCUUGGUGGACUACAGCGAAGAAGACAUAAAUACUUUGGUAUCAUACGUAAAAAGUAUAACAACAUUAUACAAGCUAAAACCGACAGACUGGACGGAAGAAAAUGAAGAUGUGAUAAAGACUUGGUUCCGGGAUCCGAGUCUACCAAUUCUUUGCGUGUUCUUCAGCACCGAUAAUUUAAUUUGCACGACCGGCUUGCCCGAUGGAGCAAUCGAGAUUGAUCUGAUGUAUUUUUUGCGAGAGACAGCCCAGGAGUUCAGCGUACAAACUUUUCAUGACAAUAUAACUUUUGGGACGGUAGAUGAAAAUAUCGAAGGGACGCUGUUGAAUAUUAUUAAGGAUGUGUUCGUUCCCAUACUCUUAUCUACCGAGAAAUGGCCUGAUAGUGUUAAAAAUGAGUUUUGUCAAAAUGUUCAAAUGUUUCUGGCGAGACUGACCGACCUUCAUUAUAAGUUGUUCGGUUUAACAAUAUUAUAUGUUCCUCAAGAGGUUUUGAGAAUAUCCUUGGAAGAUGCAAACGUCGACAAGGAAUUGAUUAAAAGGCUUGAAGGUAUAGUUGUCUACUGGACCAAACAAAUACGUGUUGGUUUACAAGACCAAGACCAAAAUACUCCAGAAGAUCUCUUAUGUCCUCAAGACGAGUUUGAGUUUUGGAAAUACAGAUAUGAGAAUCUCCUCGGUUUGAACUACCAAUUGAAUGAUGAAGGUAUACAACACAUUUGUAACAUUUUACAGUCUGUGCAGUCGACUUACGUUCGACAAUUUAAAACCUUUGAAGAAGAAAUCGUUAAAUGUAUUGAAGAAUCGAAAUCAAACAUUGAAUACUUAAAUGUGCUAGUGGAACCGUGCGACGAAUUAGCUCAAACGAAGAAUCCUGAAGAAUUUGCAGAUAAGUUGCCGAAAAUUUUCCAUUUAAUUAGAUUUAUUUGGUUGAAGAGUCCGUAUUACAAUACCAAAGAGAAGAUUACUCAAUUGUUUCGAGCAGUGAGCAACCAACUAAUAUUUCAGUGUAGAGAAUUUAUAGAUCUAGAGGUUUUGUUCAGAGACAAACAAACUAGAAAGGCCAUUAAGAUGUUUCAAACCUCAGUAGAUGCGUUAACAAAUUAUAUCAGAACUUACGUAUUGGUAAGUGCACUGCACAGGAAACAUACGCAGAAAAAACCUUGGGAAUUGGACAAAGCCCCGAUAUUCAACCACAUCGAUUCGUUUAUUCAAAGAUGCAAAGACUUGAUCGAAGUCUGUGAGACGAUGAUCUGCUUCGGCAGGUACGACGAGACCGAAAAUAUCCCUAAACCGAUGUUUGGUGGAGCAAAAGGUGUCGAUUUUGACAACUGGGCCAAGAGAAUCGAAUCGAUGUAUAAUGAAGCAUUGACAGAUAUUGACAAAGUCAAAUUUAGAAUAUUGGAAGUGAAUGCCUCGGAAUGGUACGACGAUAUCCUCAAAUUCAGGACGAGAAUGAAAGACAUUGAAGUGGUUAUAGAGAAUCUGACCAACGCAGUGUUUGAUAAUAUUGCCAAUAUUGAAGAAGGCAUCGAAUCUCUUGCUGCGUUGCACAAUUUCACAAAGAGAAAAACGUUGACGUCGCUAUUUGAAGGAAAAACUCUUUUGAUAUACAACAUGUUCAAAGAAGAAAUAAUAGAUACCAAACUAGAUAUCCAGGCAGAGUCUGAAAUGCGUCCAGCUUUAAUGCCGUAUUUUGCUGGAAGAGCACAUAUGAUGAAAAUGAAGAAACGUAGGCUUAAGAUGCUUCGAUCGUUAUUCGAAGGUGCUGGAUGGAUGAUGCCUUGUAGCAUAGCAAGAGACGUUUUUGGCCAAUACGAAAAACUCAUUGCCGCCAUUGCUGAUAUUAUUUUAAAUUUAUACCGAAAAUGGGUGGACAAUAUAGGAGAGGAUGUCAAUUUAAGAUUGAACAGAUCGCUAAUGAUAAAAAGUGUCGCUAGACCUGGACUUCUAGAGUGUAACAUAGACAGGUCCCUUCUGGAAAUCUUUCACGAAGCCACCUACUGGGAAAUGCUGCAAUACGAGAUCCCUAUGUACGUAAAAUCGGUGUAUCAGAAGAAAGACACUAUUAAGUUUAUGUACGAAUGUGUCUUGAACGUGGUUCUUGAUUACAACAAAAUAAUCUCAUCGUUCUCGGACGAUGAGCGUCUUCUGUUCAAACCGCUCAUAUCUGCAGUUGAAAAGAAAAUAUCGCCAGGAUUAAGUAAACUUACUUGGGGAACUGAUAUAGGCGACGAGUAUAUUGCUGAAUGCAGUAACACAACAGCAGAGUUACAAGCAUUUGUUGACGAUUACAAAAGCUGCAAUUUGAAAAUAGUGGCCAUUUGCGAGAAGAUAUGUGACAGCCCUCUGAUCUGUCUAAAACCAAAUUACGCAUUCGACAAAGACGAGUUGAUAGAAGAAUUAACUGACAGCAUAGAAAAUGUCGUUUCGAAACUUGUAGAUUACUAUCAGGAAAUCAUUCAGUUUCUUAUUUUCGUUUUUGAAGGAUUUGAGUUUCACAUGGGCACAAUGGGCAACCAAUGGAUAAAAUACAUAAAUAAUUUUGACACGUUGAUGGAAGAAGCAUUAAAAAUAUGUUGCAAAAAUUCCCUCGAGCUAAUGUACGAAGCAUUACAUGGAGAUGGCACGACAGAGCCCAAUCCUUUGAUAAAACUUCAAGCUAAUCUGAUAGAUAAUAGAAUCAAGUUUCAACCGACGCUGUCUGAAGUUGCGCACGUCAUAGCAAACAUCCACAAAAGUUUAGUCGAAGCUUUGACAACUUUACCCAGACUCAAUGACAAGUUCCACAUCGCCGAAACUGCUUUUAAACCCUACAGCGAGAUUAUUGCGCAAGAUCCCAAAUGUCAAGAGUUACAAGUGUUGUUAGAUAAAGAAUUUAAAGUAAACGUUGACAAAAUAAAGGAGUAUCUCCAAACUUGGGAACCCUUCCGCGACCUGUGGGAGGUCGAUAAAGAGAAGUUUAUAGUGCGCUACGAGAAAGAAGAUCCCAGCCCUCUAUUAUUCGACGCGAACAUCGCAAGAUAUACUGAACUGGCGAAUAACGUCAACAUUCAGGAAACGGUGACUGCGGUGCAUUUUAUGCAGAUCAAUUGCGCCGAACUGAAGCAUGCUAUCAUAGAGCACUGCAUCGAAUGGCAGGAGAAACUCUGCGCUUUGCUGUUCAAAAUGACGAAUACGAAGAUCAUGGAGUUGUACCAGUAUAUCAAGCUUUACAGCGAGGAGAUAAUGAAAGAACCAACUAAUCUUGAAGAAAUGCAGGCAGCGAUUAACCUUUUCGAUAUAUUAAACGCAGAGGUGCCCAUUCGCGAGGAAACAUUCUUGCUAAUCCAUGAACAAAUCGUAACUCUAGAUAAAUAUAACGUACCCAUCCCGGAUCUAUUGCGACAACAGGAGAAGAAUAUACCUAAGGAAUGGGCUGCAUAUCUGGAAUUACUGGAACAAGCUGACAAGAUGUUAGAGUAUUCAAAGGAAAAAUUCAAAACUGCUCUUUUGGAACAAGCUGAAAUAUCCAGAAAGGAAGCGAGAGAGCUGUUGGCAGAUUUCCAAGAACAUGGACCGUUCACUUCAGAGAUUUCCGCGAAAGAUGCCCUCGCUUACUUAGCUGAUAUACGAGCUAAAUUGAACGCAAUGAGAGGCAGAGAUGAAGAGCUUAGAAAUGACUUGACUAUAUUCGGUAUAAGCUUUGGAGAUAACAUCGAUUUAUCUAAACUUGAUGCUGAACUGACUACCUUAGAAAUCGUGUGGACUAUAGUGGACGAAUGGGAUACGGCAUGGGAGAAGUACAAAUCGGGAGAAUUUUGGGCUAUAGAGACAGUAGAAAUGGAGGAAACUGCUCAAAACCUCUUUAGAAAACUAACGAAACUGUCAAGGGAGUUCAAAGAAAAGGGGUGGACAAUAAUUGAUGACACUAGAGCUCGCGUAGAUGCCUUUAGAAGAACUCUUCCAUUAAUAGGAGAUCUGAAAAAUCCAGCUAUGCGAACGAGGCAUUGGGAUAAAGUACGGAAAGUUGUAGAAGUCGAUUUUGACGAAACUUCUAAAGAUUUUAACCUGGAAGCAAUAUACGCAAUGGAACUACACAAGUUCGCUGAAGAAAUAAACGAAAUAUCCAAUGCUGCUACCAUGGAAUUACAGAUUGAAAAUGGUAUUGCUGCCAUUUCUAAGACCUGGGAAACUAUGAAGUUUGAGAUGAUUCCGUAUAAAGAACGACAUUUAUAUAGGAUUAAAUCUGUGGACGAAUGCUUUCAAGUGCUGGAAGAAAAUCUCAUGCAACUCUCCAUAAUGAAGAGUACACGGUUCGUGGAACCGUUCACCAAAGAAGUGGACAGAUGGGAAAGAGGAUUGUCUUAUAUUAUGGAAUGUCUAGAAAUGGCUCUGCAAGUUCAAAGAGAAUGGCUUUAUCUAGAGAACAUAUUUUUUGGCGAAGACAUCAGGAAGCAGUUACCGAAAGAAAGAGAAGAUUUUGAUCAUCUGACCGAGACUUGGGUAGAUAUCACUACUAGGUUGUAUUUUUCUAAAUCAGCUCUAAAGGCCACUCAUUUCCGACCACCUCCGUAUCUGUUAAACAAACUAAACAAAAUGUUCGAAAGGUUAGAUCUACUUCAAAGAGCUUUGGAGAAAUAUUUGGAAACGAAGCGUCACAUAUUCCCCAGGUUUUAUUUUAUUUCCAACGACGAUAUGUUGGAGAUUCUUGGGAACUCAAGAAAACCUGAGCUGGUUCAGCAGCAUUUGAAAAAGCUCUUUGAUAAUAUAAUCAAGAUCAAAAUACUAAAAAAUGUAGGUGCCAAUAAGCAAGAAUGUGUAGGAAUGUUUUCUGACGACGGUGAGUUUAUUGAAUUUUCCAAAGUCUUCUUCAUAGAGGGUCCGUCAGAAGAAUGGUUGGGGCGAUUGGAAACAGCGAUGCAGGUCACGUUAAAGACGCUUUUUAAACCGAUUAGAAGUGAUCUAAAGAAAAACCUUAACAAACGGGAUAGAUGGUUGAUGAAUAACUGCGGGCAGUUAUGUAACGCUUGUAGCUUGAUUCAAUGGACUACAGACUGUACGCGGGCUUUAGUACACUCAAAAAUCCUAGAAAGCAAAAAACCUCUGAAGAGGCUCCGAAAAAAGCAAAAUCAAGUGCUAAACAAAUUAUCAGAACUCAGCAGAAAAGAACUGACGAAAUUACAAAGACUGAAGACCAACGCUCUUAUUACGAUAGAAAUUCAUUCGAGGGACGUCAUUGAUAGAUUAUAUAAAGCAAAUUGCCGUGAUACAAAUGCAUUUGAAUGGUUUUCCCAGCUUAGAUUCUAUUGGGACAGAGACUUGGAUGACUGCGUUAUAAGGCAGACCAAUACAAGCUUCAUGUACGGUUAUGAAUACAAUGGAAACUCAGGACGUCUAGUGAUAACCCCCCUAACAGACAGAUGUUACAUCACCUUAACCACCGCCCUCCAUUUAUAUCGAGGAGGCAGUCCCAAAGGUCCCGCAGGUACAGGGAAAACGGAAACUGUCAAAGAUCUCGGCAAAGCCAUGGGGAUGUGGGUCAUCGUGAACAACUGUUCAGAAGGGCUGGACUACAAGAGCAUGGGCAAGUGUUUCUCUGGAUUAGCUCAGACCGGAGCUUGGGGAUGCUUCGACGAGUUUAAUAGAAUCAACAUCGAAGUGUUGUCCGUAGUUGCCCAGCAGAUCUUGUGUAUUUUGUCUGCCGUGUCGCAAAAGGAAAGGCUGUUUGUUUUUGAAGGAUUGGAAAUUAAGCUGAAACUCACAGUUGGCAUUUUCAUUACCAUGAAUCCUGGCUACGCCGGUAGGACAGAAUUACCAGAUAACCUUAAAUCCAUGUUCAGACCCAUAUCCAUGAUGGUACCAGACAGCAAUAUUAUCGCAGAGAACGUGUUGUUCAGCGAUGGGUUCCAAAAUACAAAACAAUUGGCCAGAAAGGUAUUUACAUUAUAUCGAUUGGCUGUCCAACAACUGAGUAAACAAGACCACUACGACUUUGGACUACGAUCUAUGGUUGCCUUAUUGAGAUACGCAGGUAGAAAGAGAAGACAAAUGCCGAAUUUGCCAGAGGAACAGAUGGUAUAUUUGGCGAUGAGAGAUAUGAAUAUAGCUAGACUUACUUCGGACGAUUUACCCCUCUUUAAUGGAAUUAUGUCCGAUAUAUUUCCAGGAGUAGUUAUUCCCAUGGUCGAUUAUAUGGAUAUGAAUAUUGCUAUGACUGAGUAUAUGGAAGAACACAAUUUACAGCCCAUCCCUAUUGCCACCAUCAAGGUACUACAGCUCUACGAAACGAAAAACUCCCGUCACUCGGUUAUGAUACUCGGAAACACUUGUACUGCCAAAACGGUCACCUGGAAAAUGUUGCAAGGAGCCAACAGGAUACUGAAGAAGCAAAAGAAGCCUGGAUUUAACAAUGUCGAGGUGUUUCCUUUGAAUCCGAAGGCGUUAAAUUUGGCAGAACUGUACGGUGAAUACAAUUUAGCCACCGGUGAAUGGUUGGAUGGUUGUAUCAGUGCGAUCAUGAGACAAACGUGUCAUGACGAAAGCCCAGAUGAAAAAUGGAUUCUGUUCGACGGUCCCGUGGACGCCGUAUGGAUUGAAAACAUGAACAGCGUGAUGGACGACAACAAAGUACUUACUCUUAUUAAUAGCGAUAGAAUAACGAUGCCUGAACAGGUGUCUUUGUUAUUUGAAGUUGGAGACUUGGCAGUUGCUUCUCCAGCUACUGUCAGCAGAUGCGGAAUGGUCUACAACGACUACAAGGACUGGGGUUGGCAGCCAUACGUGUAUUCUUGGGUUAAGAGUAAAUCGUCAUACGGAAAUGAAUUUAUGGAAAGGAUGACAGAUCUGUUCCAAGUUUACGUUAAGCCUAUUCUUGAGUUCAAACGACUCUACUGCGAAGAGAACGUUCAAUGUGCAGAGCUGAACUUGGUCAUUUCCUGCUGCAAUCUUCUGAAUAUUUUUAUGACCAAGGAAUUCGGAUUUAACCCGAAGAACGAAGAAAAGUUUUACGAUUGCACUAAAAGUUGGUUCUUGUUCUGUGUCAUAUGGUCCAUCUGCAGCACGACGGACGAAGAUGGAAGAAAGAAACUGGACGCUUAUGUUAGGGAACGUGAGAGCGUCUUUCCCAUUAAAGACACCAUAUACGAAUAUUUUGUUGAACAGCCAACGUUUGGUUUUACUUCUUGGUCGGAGAAACUGCCGUAUGGAUGGCGAUACGAACAAGGAUGUCCUUUCUACAAAAUCACCGUUCCAACAGUGGAUACCAUACGAUACGACUUUUUAUUGAAGUCUCUCUUGAUUAACGGAUAUCCGGUACUGAUGACAGGUCCUGUGGGCACUGGAAAAUCUUCGGUUGCUCAUUCUGCACUCGCUGCCUUGGAUGCAGAAAAAUACACGAUCCUUAAUGUCAACAUGUCAGCGCAAACUUCUUCAAACAACUUACAAGAUUCUAUAGAGAGUCGACUAGAGAAACGAACCAAAGGUCAUUAUGCUCCACCACGAGGUAAAAAACUGGUAUCAUUUUUGGAUGAUAUGAAUAUGCCCGCCAAAGAAACGUACGGUUCUCAGCCUCCUUUGGAGCUCCUACGACAAUGGAUCGACUAUGGUUUUUGGUAUGACAGGGCAAAACAGGCUAGGAAAUAUGUCGAAAUGAUGCAUGUGAUUGGAGCUAUGGGACCACCAGGUGGUGGCAGAAACGUGAUAUCAGAACGACUACUCAGUUGUUUUAAUGUCAUUAAUAUGACGUUCCCUGAAGACGAAACAUUAUCAAGGAUCUUCGGUACCAUGCUUGGGCAACAUUUAGCAGAUUUUGAUGAAAUGGUCAAAUUGGUCGGAAGAGAAAUCACAGAAACAACAAUCGAUCUCUACAAGAACGUCGUCGUUAAGAUGCUUCCAACACCAGCCAAAAUGCACUAUCUCUUUAAUUUGAGAGAUAUUUCCAGAAUCUUUCAAGGAAUGCUGCGGAGCCAUAAAGACUAUCAAAAUGACAAAUCUACGUUGCUCAGGCUCUGGAUACACGAGUGCUAUCGAGUGUUUUAUGAUAGAUUGAUCGAUGAACAGGAUCAAGAAUGGUUCUCUAAUCAAAUGAACGAACAGUUGGGCCGCCAUUUUGAGCUGACACUACAUAGCCUCUGCCCUGCAAAACAAAUACCAGUUUACGCGGACUUCGUGAACCCGUAUCAGGUGUACGAAGAAUUCACCGAUUUUACGGUGUUAAGGCAGUUCCUCGAUCAACAAAUGGAAGACUAUAACGUAUCUCCAGGAGUUGUCCGAAUGAACUUGGUUUUGUUCAAGGAUGCUAUUGAGCAUAUUUGUAGAAUAGUCCGGGUUAUUUCUCAACCCAGAGGCAAUAUGCUACUUAUAGGAAUAGGUGGCAGUGGUAGAACAUCCCUAACAAGAAUCGCCGCGUAUAUUUGCGAGUUCGGCACCUUUCAAAUUAACAUAACGAAAAAUUACAAGGUUUUCGAUUUAAAAGAAGAUCUGAAGAAUCUGUACGCCUUGACAGGAGUGAACCUAAAACCUCAGGCGUUUAUAUUUAACGAUACCCAAAUCACGGUCGAGAGCUUCUUAGAAAUUAUUAAUAAUAUGCUCAGUAGCGGUGAAGUUGCCAAUUUGUAUAAACCAGACGAAUUUGAAGACGUAAAAAGAUCUCUGGAAACUGCCAUCAACAAAUUCAACAUAUUACCCACGAACGAAGCCAUCUACGAGUUUCUGGUAAGCAGGGUUAGGGCGAACAUGCACAUUGUGCUAUGUAUGAGCCCCAUCGGAGACGCUUUCAGGAACCGCCUCAGACAAUAUCCAGCUCUAAUUAAUUGCACCACCAUCGACUGGUUUCAAGAGUGGCCGCAAGAGGCUCUUCUGGAGGUGGCGAAUAAGUACAUCGCCGAUGUCAAUUUCGUUCAAACAAUAACUGGAGAAGAAGCGACCAAGAGACGAGAUUCUUUGAUCUUGACAACUCAAGACAAAAUGCGCCAAGCAGUUUCGACAGUCUUUGCGACAAUUCACGGCUCUGUAGCGGCAUAUUCUAAAAGAAUGCUGCGGGAAAUUAAAAGGCACAACUACGUAACACCUACAAAUUAUCUGGAGUUGGUUGCUGGUUACAAAAAAAUGUUAGCAACAAAAAGAGAAAGCAUAGCUUCACAAGCCAACAAAUUGAGGAAUGGGUUAUAUAAAAUUGACGACUGCAAAGACAAAGUAUCAUCAAUGUCUAUAGAACUAGCGGAAGCCCAAGUUCAGGUAGCGGAAUUCCAACAACAGUGCGACGAAUAUCUGGUCAUCAUUGUCACCCAAAGGAAAGAAGCUGAUGAUCAACAAAAAGAAGUUACAAAAACGAGCAUCAAAAUCGGUGAAGAAGAAAUUCAAUGUAAACGACUAGCCGAACUAGCUCAGGCCGAUUUGGACGAGGCUAUGCCUGCGCUGGAAGAAGCAAUAAGGGCUUUGGAUGCUUUAAGUAAGAAGGACAUUAGUGAGAUGAAAUCUUACCAAACGCCGCCACAAAAAGUCAAGAUGGUUAUGGAAGCUGUUAAUAUACUAGUAGGGAUUGAACCUAAUUGGGAAAAUGCCAAGAAACUAUUGGGAGGUAUGAAUUUCUUGCAAGAUUUGAAAGAUUUCGACAAGAACCACAUAUCCGAAAAAACGUUAAAGAAAAUUGCUACCUAUACAAUGAACGAGGAAUUCAUUCCUGAUAAAGUGGGCAUAGUAUCUUUUGCAGCCAAAUCUCUGUGUAUGUGGGUCAUAGCCAUCGAAAAAUAUGCGAAAAUUUGGAAGAUAGUAGGUCCGAAGAAAGCCAAACUAGACGAAGCUUUGGAAUCACUCCAAGAAAAACAGAGGCAGCUAGCGGAAGCCCAGGCCAAAUUGGCUGAACUAAAUUUGUAUCUUCAGAAAUUGCAGAAAGAAUAUGAGGAAAAACUGUUGCAGAAAGAGGAAUUAAACAGAAAGGCAGAACUAUUGAAGAUAAAGUUAGAAAGAGCAGCAAUGCUGGUAGAAAAUCUCUCUGGCGAAAGAGAACGAUGGAGUGAAACUGUUAUGGUUCUAGACGACCAGUUCGUCAUGUUGCCAGGGGACUGUCUGUUGGCUACAGCGUUCAUUUCGUACUUGGGUCCUUUUCUAUCAAAUUACAGAGAAGAAUUACUUGACUUGUGGCAAACGGAGAGCCGCGAGCAAGAAAUAGUUUUUUCAGCAGAUUUUAAUAUAAUUCAUUUUCUAACUGAUCCCACUACAGUACGUGAAUGGAAUAUCCAAGGAUUACCUGCCGACAACUUUAGUACUGAAAACGGUAUCUUAAUUUGCGAAGGAAACAGAUGGCCAUUAGUCAUAGAUCCACAGUGCCAGGCGCAGAAAUGGAUCAAAGCCAAAGAGGAAGAAUUUAAUUUGCAGGUGUUUGAUCUCCGAACGGCCGGCUAUAUGACAAUAGUUGAAAGAGCCGUCCAAUUCGGCUACCCAGUGUUACUUCAAAACAUCGGAGAAAGCAUAGACCCAUCCUUGGAACCGAUCUUAGCCAAGGCGAUAGUAAAAUCCGGAGGUGAACUGCUCAUCAAACUCGAGGACAAACUAGUGUCGUACCACAGUGAUUUCAGAUUUUUUAUUACCACCAAGUUGACCAACCCACACUAUCCUCCUGAGAUAUGUACCAAAGCGACUUUGGUCAAUUUUGCCGUGAAAGAACAAGGUUUGGAGGGGCAAUUGCUCGGUAUUGUGGUCAGGAAAGAGAAGCCGCAGCUGGAAGAACAAAAGGAUGAAUUGGUAACGGCAAUUGCAAAAGGUAAAAGAACCUUAAUGGAUCUAGAAAACGAGUUGUUGAGGUUACUUGCCGAAUCUCGCGGAUCACUUUUGGAAGAUGCAGAACUCUUUGACACUCUACAAGUGUCCAAAGCCACUUCGGAGACAGUGAAGCGAAGUUUGGAGAUAUCUGAAACUACUGAAGUGCAAAUUGAUGCUGCAAGGGAGGGCUACAGACCGUCAGCAAAUAGAGCCUCCAUUUUGUUUUUCGUAUUAAACGAUAUGGGCCAAAUAGAUCCGAUGUACCAGUUCGCUCUAGAUGCCUAUAUUCUUCUGUUCAUAAAUUCCAUAAAUCGUAGUCCAAAAUCGAAUGAACUAUCAGAGAGGAUCACUCUUAUGAACGAAUACCAUACCUUUGCAGUAUACCAAAAUACUUGCAGAGCACUUUUUGAACACCACAAGCUUUUGUUUUCUUUCCAUAUGUGUAUGAAAAUACUAAAGGCCCAAGGAAAAAUUGUCAAAGCCGAAUACGACUUUCUGUUAAAAGGUGGCGUCGUAUUGGAUAGAACAAAGCAAGUGGACAACCCAUGCUCUGCAUGGUUAAGUGAAAUUGCCUGGGAUAACAUUACUGAGUUGGAUAAACUUCAAGGUUUUCACGGAGUCAUCGAUACAUUUGAGCAGUAUCAGAGAGACUGGAUGCAGUGGUAUAUACACACCGAACCCGAAACUCUACCUUUAAUCGGCGAAUGGGAUGGAAUCUGCAACGAAUUCCAAAAAAUGCUGUUCAUCCGGUCUCUUCGUCAAGACCGCGUGUCAUUCGCCCUUUCGAAUUUCAUAGUCAACCAACUAGGGCCCCAAUUCGUCGAACCUCCCGUACUAGACAUAAAAGCCGUUUUGGAAGAAUCCUCCCCUCAAACUCCGCUAAUAUUCGUUUUGUCUCCUGGUGUUGAUCCGACUCAGUCAUUGAUACAACUAGCUGAGCAGGCAAAUAUGAGUUCACGAUUCCAAUCAAUAAGUUUGGGGCAAGGACAGGCGCCGAUUGCUACCAAGUUGCUACAGAUGGGAGCUAAAGACGGGCAUUGGGUUUUCUUAGCAAACUGUCAUUUGUCUCUAAGUUGGAUGCCGAAACUGGACAAAAUCAUAGAAAUGCUUCAAUCAGGUAAAGUUCACAGCCAUUUUAGGGUAUGGCUUAGCUCGAGCCCGCAUCCAGAGUUUCCAAUAUCCAUUCUGCAAGCUGGAAUUAAAAUGACCACUGAACCACCCAAAGGUCUUAAGGCGAAUUUGAAGAGGUUAUACCAACUAAUAUCCGAGGAUCAGUUUACAGCUUGUCAAUAUCCAGAAAAAUACAAAAAGUUAUUGUUUGCUUUGUGCUUCUUCCACUCUAUAUUGCUAGAAAGAAAAAAGUUUCAACAACUUGGUUGGAAUGUCAUUUAUAGUUUCAACGAUUCCGAUUUCCAGGUAUCUGAAAAUCUAUUAACGAUAUACUUGAACGAGUAUCAGGUUACCCCUUGGGACGCUCUUAAGUACCUAAUAGCUGGCGUUAGUUAUGGAGGCCACGUUACCGACGAUUGGGAUCGAAGAUUGCUGACGACUUACAUUAAUCAAUAUUUUUGUGAAGAUGCUCUGAUGAUCGCUUAUUUUAGAUUAUCGUCAUUAUCCACAUACUACAUUCCAAGAGACGGGUCCAUCCAAUCUUACCUCGAUUAUAUAACCCUACUACCCAACGUAGACAGACCAGAAGCGUUCGGGCAGCAUCCAAACGCAGACAUAACCUCCCUAAUCAAUGAGUCUCGAAUGCUAUUCGAAACGUUGAUGUCUCUUCAAGUACAAACUGCCGCUGAAGGUGGAGAGUCGAAAGAACAAAAAGUACACGAGUUGUCCGAUGAUGUUUUGAGCAAGUUGCCCAAGACAAUCGACUAUGAGAAUACCGAAAAGUUAAUGGGAGCUCAUAAAACUCCCUUGGAUGUGGUGCUUUUGCAAGAAAUUCAAAGAUAUAAUACACUUCUAGUAGUGAUCCAAACCUCAUUGGAAGAUUUGGGACGAGGAAUACGAGGUUUGGUGGUUAUGUCGUCUGAGCUGGAAGAAAUCUUUGAUUGCAUAUUUGACGGACGAGUUCCGUCUACUUGGCUCACUGCUUAUUCGUCACUAAAGUUGUUGGGAAGUUGGACCAGAGACCUUGUGGCACGUGUUGAGCAUUUCAGUGUUUGGGCUAAAACGCUUCGUCCACCAUUAUUCUUUUGGCUUGCCGCUUAUACAUUUCCCACCGGAUUUCUAACUGCUGUGCUUCAGACAACAGCACGUGCUGCAGAAGUACCGAUUGACACCUUGGGAUGGGAUUUCACCGUACUCACAAUCGAAGAACAGAUGAUCCAAUUACCUCCAGAGAACGGCGUUUAUGUCAAAGGGACGUUUUUGGAAGGAGCAGGUUGGGAUAAGAAAAAUGCUAUGUUAAUCGAGCCGCAACCUAUGCAGCUCGUAUCAUACAUGCCGCUGAUUCAUUUCAAGCCGGUGGAACAACUCAAAAAGAAAACUAAGGGUCUAUAUCAGUGUCCGUGCUACUACUUUCCGAUAAGAACAGGAUCUGCUAAUAGACCGGCAUUCGUGGUUGCUGUUGACUUGAGGGUAGGUCUUGAGUCUUCAGACUUUUGGAUUAAACGAGGUACGGCAUUAUUGUUAAGUUUAGCCAAUUAGGCGUUUAUUAGUUUAAUGUUAAUAAAGGAUUUAUUUAGUU